CGUAGGAAGUGCAACACGCUGUAGUGACUUUAGCUUACAAAUAACAUGAAUAUGGUAACUAAUGUGGCGGCUUGCUUGUAAAUGGAAAACUCUGGCAGGUUGUUAGGUAUGGACAUUGAAGCAGACAUUAUCGAAUUUAAAGUGCCGAAUGAAAAUAAUAAGACACUGUUUGUCUGGGAUAUUCUCCCAACGCUUUCAGAGGCUUUCAUUUACGAGUCCAUUUGUGGUGUUUUCUCUGGGUUUGGUGCUCUCUACCUCGUGAAGGUGUGCCAGAAUGCUGCCGUGGCUGAACCGGGGUUCUAUGCCAUUGUGAAGUACUACUCUUCAGCGCAGGCUUCUAAAGCGCAGAGGACCACUGACGGGAAGAGCCUGUUUCAGGAAUCGCCCGUUAAAGUCAGAUUAUGUACUCGACAGAACCCUGCCUUUGCCAGUGAGACCAAGGCACUCAGUAAUCCCAAGUGUCAGGAAUUGGCCAAUCGCUACCUUGGGUUUAAUGGUUGGUCCAGUAAAAUUAUCACACUGCAGGAUCUCUCGGGCGGAGAUGGCGCGUGCACUGGUGCAGAGACCCAGGCGCUAACGCUCAAGUACGGCUGCAUCGUGGAGCUGACUUUCCCCCAGCGCUGCGUCAGCUGCCGGGGAACGGGAGUGGCAGAGGAGUCCUUCCAGAGCCAUCCGGACCAUUUGGAGCUGUGUUUGACACGAGGAAAGCUUCAAAAACGGGCCAAAGACAAAGCCCUGGUGGAUGCCUUCAGGAAUGUUUUGCUGGUGUUAUUGAGUAAUGGGAAAGUAGCAGUUGAAUGCAGGUUUGAUCCAGACCAGGUCCUGCCAGUUGAAGAUUUGCAGGGACUGAUCAAGGUGAACGACAUUUCCUGGAGUCAGUGUGCGGGUGCAGGAGAAGAGGACUUCCUGUCAGAUCUGUCUCUGAAUGCGUCCCACUGGUCUUGAGACAGCUGUGCAUCCUUCGUGAAACAGGAGGAAGGUACUGGCCUAGAGCGCACAUGCACGGUGUCUUAGCAAAGUGACUCAGUCUGAACACCUGCAGACGUUUAUCUCCACUGAGAAAAAGUCAGUACAGUAGUGUUAUGUUCAAAUACAACAUACGUUUUUUUUUUUUUAAACACAUUCACUCGGCCAGUGUAAUUACAAAUAUGUGUUGAAUCCGUGUAAAGAGGAAAAAAAAAAUAGGUAAAUACAAUGGACGUUAGUGUUACUUGUUAUGUGUAGGUAUAAUUAAUUUCAUUUUAAUUUACUUUAAAAAAAUUUUAAUUUAAUUUAUUCAUUAUUUUAUUUUAUUUUAUUUUUAUUUUUUGGAAGGGCUGUACUGAGAUUGUAAGUGGUUUGUUGAGAUGAUUAAGCGUUCCGGCAGUUGCAGAAUGCAGAGCCAGACCACAGGCCUUUGGCAGCCUGUGUGUGCCUGUUUUGGCAGUGGUUGGGUGAUUCGCGUCAGGGUCCGUUGCGCUACUAAUAGCAGGAUGGGGCAUCGCGGUGGAAAACAGUGGUCUGCGGGGUAUUUCUUUCUUCUUCAUUUCUACACGUCUUGUUUCACUUUUCAAUCACUUUCACUUUCCAGUUUUCAUUAUAAGGUGGUUUCAUUUUUACCAUGAAAUAAAUAUUUCCAUUUCGACUUGA